AUGAAAACAACUGAUGUUAAGAUACAAGAAGACAUUUUUAAUGGAUUAAUAAUCGCUACAUCAUCAGACUUUAGCAAGUGUAGCUAUCAUAUUUUAUAUACUUCAGCUCUUCUUAUUGAUCAUCAUGAGCUCAAAGCAUUCACUGAAUUAGUAUAUACUAUAACUGGUGAAAAAUUCAGCAGGUUUAUCAAUUGUAAAUUACCUGAUAAUAACUGGAAUGAACUUGAUCACGUUAGAGUUCAACCGCCUUUUAGUUUAAGACUUAAAGUAAAGCCUUGGAUGCUUAGGAUUGGAUUAUUAAAGAAAAGGAUGAAGAAAGCUUUUGGAAUAUUCAUUAUAAAAUGCUUUUGGCAAGAUAGUGAUAAACCUGGAGAAGUUUUUGAAUGCGACUCAUCUAUCGCAGAAAAAAUUAGACAAGAAAAUAAAAAUUCUUCACAAUCAUCUCACAAGUAUAAUGAACCCUUUAUAGCGACAGAAACAUAUGAGAAGAGAUAUAUAAAACCAUUAUCCAAUGAAUGUGAUAUCUAUGUUAGAUCACCUUGGAAAACAGGAAAAACAUAUGUUCUUGAAAAUCUGGCUAUUCCUGAUGAUGUAAAUUUGCAUGUAUUAUCUACGCGUCACUCUUACUCGAAUACUAUUACUAUACGACUUAAUCUUAAAUCAUAUUGCGAUAUUGAUGAUAAUAUAAAUCUACCUGAUCAUAAGAGGGUAGUGUGUCAGAUAGAGAGUCUACAUCGCAUUAUCAAUAAUUGCAAAUGUGAUAAAAAGUGUAAAUGUUCUCCAAGCCAAUAUGAUUUAUGCCUUGAUGAAAUAGUAUUGAUAAUUGCUCAGGCAUAA